AUUAAUAAAUAACAAAUAUUUAAACUGCUACACCAAACACGACCUAUAUCAAAAUCGACUAUGAUGGAAUCAGGGGCAGAAUGGAGCUCGUUUAAUGGAGCUAAUUCUGUGAAUGAAGAAGCCAAUUUCAUGGCUCAAUUGUUUCCUAAUUGUGCUCUUGAUAAUAGAGACGAGCUCGAAUCAUUGUCGGGCAUGACAGGUUUGUUUUACCCGACUGAUUUAUCGCAAGGGAGUUGUAGUUAUAGCACUAGCAGCAGCACAAGCAGUAUGGUUGCAUACCCAUUUCAGGGAACAUAUUGUUUAAGUGAUGCAUAUGAGUUUUUUUCUGUUGAAUAUGGUCCUACUGAUUCUCCACAUAAAGGGUUGAAUCUAGAAAUGAUUGGUGGAAGGAAAAGACCACGAAUUUUAGAGGAGGACAAAAGAAAUAUCCGGACAAAAAAGAAUCAGAAAAAUUAUUCAAAUGAUGGCAAUGAAGAUAACAAUGGUCGUGAGACUAAUAGAUAUAAUUCAGGUAACUACUCGGAAGAAGAAUGCAAUGGAUCUCAGGAGUUGAAUGGGGUAGUUUCUUCGAGUUUGAGCUCAAAAGAGACUUCAACUAUCAGCUUAAAUGGUAAAACGAGAGCUAGCAGGGGUGCUGCAACUGAUCCUCAAAGUUUAUACGCUAGGAAAAGAAGAGAACGUAUAAAUGAACGGUUAAAAAUCUUACAAAACCUUGUUCCUAAUGGAACCAAAGUUGAUAUAAGCACAAUGCUUGAAGAAGCUGUUCAAUAUGUCAAGUUUUUGCAGCUACAAAUAAAGUUACUGAGUUCUGAUGAGUUAUGGAUGUACGCACCUCUAGCAUAUAAUGGAAUGGACGUUGGUAUUAAUUCCAAGAUCAAAGCUCUCCUAUGA